GUGUGUGUGUGUGUGCGCGCCAGGUGUGAGCGCCCCGGCCGCGCCCCGCAGGAACCAUGCCCGGCGUCCUGCCCGGCGACAGCGCCAGGGCCAGCCCCUCCAAGAAGAACAGGCUGUCUCUGAAGCUCUUUCAGAAGAAGGAGGCGAAGCGAGCGCUGGAUUUCACCGAGGCGCAGGAAAAUGAGCCGCAGAAGGGCGCGGAGUUCCGAGGCGCCGAGAUUGACCAGGUGGUUCCUGCAGCACAGCCCCCCUCCCUUGUCAGCUGUGAGAAAAAAGACAGCAUGUUGCCUUUUGUGGGCUUGAACAACCUGGGCAAUACCUGCUACCUGAACAGUGUCCUGCAGGUAUUAUAUUUUUGUCCUGGUUUUAAAACUGGAGUAAAACAUUUAUAUAACAUUAUUUCAAAGAAGAGAGAAUCUUCAAAGGAUGAAGGAGAGCAAAAGGCAGAAAAGGGAAGCUGUAAAGAAGAUCCCUUGGCAAGUUACGAACUCAUCUGCAGUUUGCACUCCUUGAUCCUUUCAGUUGAGCAGCUUCAAGCCAGUUUUCUCCUAAACCCAGAGAAAUACACGGAUGAAUUGGCCACUCAGCCCCGGAGGCUGCUGAACACCCUCAGAGAGCUGAACCCCAUGUACGAAGGGUACCUGCAGCACGAUGCCCAGGAGGUCCUGCAGUGUAUCCUGGGGAACAUCCAGGAAACCUGCCAGCUGCUGAAAAAGGAGGAGCUGAACAAACUGCCUGUGGAAGAGCCUGCAGCUGAACUGGAGGAAAAACCCAACCAAAAGUCAGAGAGCAACGGAUCCAUCAGCCCCGCUGAGGAGGAGGAUCCCACCCUGGGCAGCCACGGCGGAGACGCGGCCAAGGAGAAGCUGCUCAAGGGAAACGGGAAAAGGAAAAGCGACGCCGAGGGCGGCAACGCCAAGAAAAAAUCCAAAGUAUCUAAAGAGCAAAUUGCAGCAGAAGAAAAUCAAAGACAAACCAGGUCCAAGAGGAAAGCCACAGGAGAAAAGAUGGAAAACCAAACGGAUGCCAUCGCCAAGUGUUCUGGGGAGAGCGAGAGCGCCAAGCCCACGCAGAAAAAGUCGCGCCUUAGGUUAAACUGGUUAAAAUCUUCCUGCAAACAGCCCAGUAUUCUGUCCAAAUUUUACAGUCUAGGAAAGUUAACUACAAACUUGGGACCCAAAGACCCAGGGAAAGAAUAUGACUGUGAGUUUGAAGAGUCAGCUGUCAAGUGCGAAAAUGGUGACAGUAAAGAAGAAUAUCAUGAACCAGUGUCUCCCGUGGAAAACCAUCAUGGAAAAGGAACUGAAAAAGAACCAAAAAAGGAAGGUACAGAGCUGGCUGUCUUCGAGCUGGUGGAGAAACUCUUCCAGGGCCAGUUAGUGCUGAGGACGAGGUGCUUGGAGUGCGAGUGCUUCACGGAAAGGAGGGAAGAUUUUCAGGACAUCAGUGUCCCAGUGCAAGAAGAUGAACUUGCUAAAAGUGAAGAGAGUUCUGAAAUUUCUCCAGAGCCAAAAACAGAAAUGAAGACUCUGAAAUGGGCAAUUUCCCAGUUUGCCUCAGUGGAGAGGAUUGUGGGAGAGGACAAAUAUUUCUGUGAGAACUGCCACCACUACACGGAAGCCGAGCGCAGCCUUUUGUUCGAUAAAAUGCCCGAAGUGAUCACAAUUCACUUGAAGUGCUUUGCUGCCAGUGGCUUGGAGUUUGACUGCUACGGGGGCCUGUCCAAGAUCAACACCCCGCUGCUGACGCCGCUCAGGCUGUCCCUGGAGGAGUGGAGCACCCGGCCCACCAACGACACCUACGGGCUCUUCGCCGUGGUCAUGCACAGCGGCAUCACCAUCAGCAGCGGCCACUACACGGCCUCGGUGAAGGUCACAGACCUGCAGAGCCUGGAGCUGGACAGGGGCAACUUCCUCCCCGAGCCGGGCUACGCCGCGCUCAAGCCGGAGCCGCUGACCGAGGAGGAGGCGCGGGCCGUGGCCGAGGACUACGACGACGGCGAGGUCUCCUUCAGGCUCAACGGCGCCGCGCCGCCGGGCAAGGUGCUCAGCAAGAAGAACAUGGAGGCCGUGGGACUGCUCGGGGGGCAGAAGAGCAAGGCUGACUGUGAGCUGUGUGCCAGCAAACAGCCCAACCCCGAGAAGCUCCUCAGCGUGGCUCCCGAGCCCCGCGGCGCCGAGCCCAGCGCGGAGCAGGGCGAGCCCCCGGGGCUGGGAGCCAACGGACUGGAGAACAAAGCUCUCUACGUGCUCCAGAGCCUCAAGGAGUACGAGGGGAAGUGGCUGCUCUUCGAUGAUUCCGAAGUGAAGGUCACAGAGGAAAAGGACUUUCUGAAUUCUCUUUCUCCGACAUCGUCAUCUACAUCGACUCCUUACCUACUGUUUUAUAAGAAGAUUGUAGAGUGAUGCUGUACUUGGACUGUAAAUAUUCGGGAUUUGCAUACACCUCUCACUCUGAUUUGCAUCCAGGCUACCUGGAAGGAACGGCUGUUUGUUUUUUGAAGCUACUGAUCCUUCAUCUUUCUGGUCUUUUUUUUUGUUGUUUUUUUCCCUUUGGUGUCAAGUGGCUCAACUUGAAUUAACAAAACAUGACAUAGGACUUGACUCACACCAUAACUUUUCUGCUGGAGAAUAGUGCUCUGACCUUUUAGAAAUACCAGUUUGUAUAGAUUCUAAACAAUGCCUACAGCACCCAGUAGUGGUUUUAAUGCAGCUCUAGGUCUCAGACAUGCCUAUUGUAUUAUUAGCUUUUUUUUCUUUUAUUUUUUCCUUUUAUUUGUUUUUAUUUUAUUUUUUCCUUUUAUUUUUUUUCUUUUUAAAUAAAAGUUAUUUGUAUUCAUACCCUGGAGUAAAUGUAUAUUAACUAGCAAAUUUCAUCAGAAGUUGUGUAUUUUUGUAACUUGGGAAGUAACACUUCAUAUUUAGUCUUUGGGUAAUGGACGUGGUUUAUUCUCCUGCUCCAGUUCUUUCCUGCUCCUUGCAACUUAAAGCACAAGGAAAAGGGUCUGGGAACCUUGUCCAGAGCAUUGGAGGGAACUGAAUUCAUGGAGGUGUUUGACUGUUCUAAUUUGCAUCUUGGUGCAUAGGUGUUCAUGAGCAAAGUGUAAAUAGGUGUGAUUAAUACUUCAAACCAGGGGCAGAGUGUAGUGUAAUUAAAAUAAUUUUGUACUUUGAAGAGUGAAGCCCUCAAAUCUGCAUCUCUGUUCGGGGCAGUUGGGAACUUAGUGGUGUUUUAACUUUUAACUGAAGUUAACUUGUACCUGGAUCUCCCUGAAACCUGGGGGGGAAAAGGAGAGCAUUUGGCUUUGAUGCUUUGUUAAGAAUGUACAUAUGAAAUAAAAAAGUUAUGAUGCGCAUCUGAGACGAGCAGAUCAGACUUUGUGUUUGGAGAGGGGAAAGCAGAAAGGGAAAGGGCUUUGGGAGCAGUUACAAAAAGGCUGGGAAAUUAUCUUAAACAGAAGAUUAAAAGUGCUUUCAGAAUACA